AUGCCUCUUGACAGAAGUAAGAUGGUUGAAAGUCGCUCACGUUGGUUACAUUGGGGGCUCUUUGUCCUUGUGAAGGAGAGCAUAUGUUGGCUUUAGGGUUCUGACUCACACACAGCUCUCCUCUUUGGCCCCUUGCGUAGCUACCUUUCCUAUUUUUUUUUGUUGCUGUUCCUGAAAUGGCUGCGCGCAUUCAUUAGCAAACCGGUUGCGAGCGAGAGAGACAGAAAAAAAAAAAGAGCCACUGAAAUUUGAACUGACUGAGCAUGCUCUGUGGAAGCCCUCUGAAGAGAGAGACCAACAGAGGGAGCUGCUGGGUCACAUGACCAACGAGAUUGUGUGCAUGUGGGGAGGAGAAGGAAAAGAGGAACAAUCCGUUCGAGACUCCCGCUCUCUCUCUUGCACGCGCUCGCUCUCUCUGUCCCUCUCAACCACUCUCCUCAAUGGAGGCCAUCAGGAGAAAGCAGGUAUGAUGCUUGCUGCAAGCGCAUAUUUAUCACAGGGAAGGAGACGUUAGCCUACACUUUCCCCUUGGUUGCUUUUUAAUCUUCCUCUGUCGAGACACAUUGAACUUGCUCUGUAUUUCCAUGUUUUUGUGGCUUUUUUGUAUCUGCCAUUGACAUUUUAGGUUGCUUAUCUGUCAUCGGUUGCUUGGUCUGGUCUUUGCUCAGAGGAGGCAGUUCUCUGGCCCCUGGAAGGUGCAGCCAGUCUUCAGAGUCCAUGACAGAGGGCUUGAACAGAGAGCUUGAUCAGUAAUCAAGGACUUUUCAGCCUUAUGACCAUUGAUUGCAGCAUUUCAUAUGGAAGCAAACCUCUACUACCCUGUGGUGAAGUGGUUAGUAAUGCACUGUGUUCACCUGGGUCAGGGGUUAGAAAAAUCUCUUAGUCUCACCGGGGUGUUUCACUGGUCCUGCUGUUUGGGAAAUCUCCAUGGAUUGAUUGCGUCUUGUGCGAAAGCGACUCAUUAGCUGUGCUUGGAUCAUUGACACAAGGGAAAGGAGCAUGCUACAGUAGGCUGGAGAUGACUGCGUGCAGGGCAGAGAUCGGACUUCCUGGUAAUCUCGAAUGGUUCUCCUUCCUGCCAGGCAGGCACUCCAGGACUCAGACCCAUCCUCUUUUCAAUCCUCUCUCUUUCUCCCUCUGCAGCCUUACCCUCUCUUUCAGGAAAGGGCCAAGGAGGCACCACAGGGAAAAUGUCCCAUAUGGUCAAAGACACUGGAUAGAAACAGAAGGAAGAGGAAUGACUGCAGGAUAAUUCUGUGUGAUAGUCAGCCUCAGGACCCAGGUCUUUCUAAUACCAUAGCCUCAGUGCUGUCCCCCACCAUCUUCAGUAUCCAGUGUGAUGGUGCCUGCAUUUUACACUCAUAAUGGCUUUGUAACAAUAGUUUAUUUUUCACGUUGUUGUAAAUACAAACUCCUCACUGUUUGUUCAUGCUGCCGACUUGUUGUGAAUUGAAUGACACAGAUAAUCCAUCUUCGGGGAAAGAAAAGGCGAUCAUCUCUCUUGUUGAGUGUCAUUGCUCAAUAGCUGCUUUUCUUAGUGACAUUAUUUCCUUUAGGGUGUUGCUCUCAUGGACAGUCUAACACCUGCAAUAGGAGAAGGCUUAAUUGUUGUGUACUAUGCAGGACUGUAUUAGUAGAUGUUUUCUAAUCGUACACAACCUUUCAAUAGCUAGACUUGCCUAAUUCAGGAGUCUGGAUUCAGAAACAACCCAAGAUAGGUCAUUUAGCAAGGCCUAUAGGCCACACUGACCUCACUGCAGUUAGAUUGAUGUUUUGGAAGAAAUACUUGGCAGAUAGAUGCGCAGUAAUUUUUAGAUGACAGUGUCUGACUGAUAUUAACAUUUUAUAAGCCUGUCUUUUUUUUUACAGUAUCUCAGAAUUUGUUUGAGUAUAGUUAUAUUUUUUUUUUUACAGGCUUUUAUUAUGUAGCCUACAUUUGUAAUGAUUCUGAUCUCUUUUCUCAUGUGCGCUAAUUCUUUAUUAGAACCCAUAGGUGGAUCUGCCUUUGAGCUCCCAUCCCCCCACCCACGCAAAUCCUGGCCCCAUGUCCCCCAUCUAGUGGAAAAAUGCAGCGUUGGCCACGUUGUGUCAGUAAACAAUCUGGUUACGAAAUGGCGGAGAUCUACAGACGGCUCUCCCCUCCCCCUCCCUUCUCUCUCCAAUGAGCAAGUUCCCUUUUCACCCACUAGGGGGAGGACUGAGGACAUGGAGAAGCACGGUUAGAGAAGGUUUCUUGAUACCAUGAAGGAAUACAAAAGGGUUUCCCUCCUCCCAUAUAUAUAUAUGUAUAUGUGUGUGUGUGUGUGUGUCGACCACAGACCUUGGAUCUGUAACUCUGGAACCCCUUGAAUACCUCAGAUAUCCUUCUUCUUUGGGUGCCUCAGCCUGACAGUUAUCAGCUUGCUUUUGGGUGCUGCUAGUCUCUCAGAUGAGUAAGCCCAAUUUACCCUGUAACUGUUGAAAAAGCAAAAUGUACAUCUGUUUGAUUGAUGUUGGAAGACUUAGCCUUUUAUGUGGUUGUGAUUUUUCAUAAAACAUCUAAGUCAAAGCAUCUCUUCAUUUCUUCAAGGCCUUUCUCUAAUAACCCAUAGGAUACAAGUCAGAGAGUGCUCAGAAUACGAAUAGAUUUGUCUGUAGAACCACUGAGUUAUGAGUGUUGCUCUACAGACCGAUCACGACAUUGUCAAAUGCCUGACAAAGGACACCUGUGUCUUUGUCCACUGGAGUGUCAGUGGUCAUAUACAAUUCACACAUCCUUUUGCUUAGACUUAAGAAAUUAGCCUAUUGGUUGGGUUACUUUUAAAGUUUAUAUUGCUUGUUGUUUUCUAAGGUGAAUUAUCAGCCUUAGCUCCAUGCUCUCUGUCGGUGCUGCUCCCUGUAGAUUCUAGAGAUGCACCCAGGCCACGAGAGCAGGGUGUCAUGGCAAAAACCUCUGAGUUUGUCAAUCAGGCUCUCCUCUUCCCUCAAAUCUAGCAGCUAGGCUGAGGUGUCUUUAUUCUGACAGGCAUUGGCCAGGCUAAUCCUGAAAGACACAUUGAAACGAGAGGCCUCUGUAGCAGAUUCAAUAAAUCCAGUCCUCUUCAGCUUCUGAUAAUAGCUGGAGGUGGGGGCCGUUCUGUGGCUGAGGUGACUGGGGGGAGGUGGCCGUGGACAGCUGGUGAAGAAGGCUAAUGCUAGGCUAUAUCCUCCAAAACCAAAGCACAACCUUGAGCCAAUAUGAGAAGACUCUGUGUAGUGGCUCCCCUGGUGGAGACUGAGAGAAGGGCGCCUUAAGAGCAGACAUUUUGUGGUGGUUUUAAAGCCAAUUUAUGGUUGAUCAGAAAAUGUGGUCGGAAGCGCCGUAUGGAUGGUGUGACGCAAUUGUGGAGCCUCCGGAGGCAUGCAGAGGCCAAAAUGAGAUUUUACCGUAUCGCUGUGUGCCUCUCAAAUUCUGUAACAAUGUGGAGGGCUCUGAAUAGCUCCGCAUUGACAUGAUUGGUUGACGGUAGUUGGGGGCGGGAGGUCCUGUAUAAACACAAACUCACUUCCUUGACAACUUCCUUCACAACAGUUCUGUGCUGCUCCGCGAAGCGCAAGAAGUAUGAAUGCCCUGACUUCUGCAAAGGCCAGAUCACUGUAAAAUCUCAACGGCCAAUGCAGAUGUCGGAUUGACCAUGCAGCGCCUUUUAGAGGCAGGUGUCUGAUGGGGCUUCCAAUCAGAAGGCAGAGCUUUUGCGACAGGUCUGGGGCCUAGGUUGUCACGGGGGAGGGGGAGAUGGUGAAUUUCCUUCCAUUGCUGAACCCUUUGGCUCUUCUGAGCUAGACGUUUUGUAGCAGAAAUACAAGUUGGAAAACCUGUCGGUUUGAAAAGGUGGUUCCACUGAUAUAGUUGCAUUUCCUUUUUUCUUUGUUCUCUGAUUAAUCUGUUCUUCAGUGUUCCCCCGGGCCUGUCUGGUUCAUGGUGUCUAGUGUCUUUAUUUUGUUGUCUUUGUUUGUUUUGUCUGGUGCUGCUGAAGGAAGAACGCAUUACCUUGUAUUGAAAGAGAUGGGCCAGGUACAUCAGUGAAGACGAGACAGAAUGGGGCAAGGCAAACAAGAACAGAAGCUGGAUUGUUUAUUUUUCCCUGAAUAGGUCUUUACCAUAACCAUCAUAGUUGAUGUGUGGUCCUGACCUUCCCAAUCACAUUGUGUCUUAAGUGUCCGAUAACAGUUGUUUGAGCAUGAGAUGCCUCUGGAGGUUUGAGGCGUUGGAGGCAAAGCUUUUCAGAAUGCAGCUCUCUGGAGGAGGAGACACUGUUUGAUUCAAUUCCUAUUGCUGUAAGCUAUUUCAGCCAUGGGGAUCAUACGUUUCCCAUAAUACAUCAACCUAUCGGAUUCUUUGAAAUGUUUAAAAAUCUGGUGAAAUUGUAAAAGACGUAGGCUACUUAGGUCCGGUUAAUGAGUGCAAUAUGUUAGUCUGUAACCUCUAUAUGGAAACAGAGUAGGCCUCUGUUAGUGCGUAGCAGGGCUGCUUAUGUUCCAGCAUGCUGUUGUAUAUGACGUUCUCUGACCAUAGCUGUGUUCUUGACUCUGUGUAUGGAGUUAAGUGUGUAUGUGUGCUGUCAGCCCACAGGUCUGGCCAAAGGCAGAGUGGGUAAAGUGGAGUCCAUGGAGGAUGGGAUGGAGUCACCUGGGGACCGAGCAGAGGAGGGAGGUGAGUUCAUCUUUAAAGUCAUCACAGCUAAACAUGGCAAGAUGUAAUCCUUGACAUAGUCUUCAUUUGGACAUACAGGUAACUGCCAAAAUAAAGGAAACACCAACAUAAAGUGUCUUAAUAGGGUGUUGGGCCACCAUGAGCCAGAACAGCUUCAAUGCACCUUGGCAUAGAUUCUACACGUGUCUAGAGCUCUAUUGGAGGGAUGCGACACCAUUCUUCCACAAGGAAUUCCAUCAUUUGGUGUUUUGUUGAUGGUGGUGGAAAACACUGUCUCAGGCGCCGCUCCAGAAUCUCCCAUAAGUGUUCAAUUGGGUUGAGAUCUGGUGACAGACGGCCAUGGCAUAUGGUUUGAAAAAUUUAUGAAAAAGGUAUGCACUCACUAACUGUAAGUCACUCUGGAUAAGAGCGUCUGCUAAAUGACUAAAAUGUAAAAUGUUUACAUCCUGAUCAAACCAAUCAGUGACCACUCAUGCCCUGUGGAUGGGGGCAUUAUCAACCUAUAGGGGCAUAGCCAUGGUAGCCAAAAUAAUGUCCUGCCCAGCAUUGUUAUACAUGACCCUAAGCAUGAUGGGAUGUUAAUUGCUGAAUUAACUCAGGAACCACACCUAAGCACCUGCUUUCAAUACACAUUGUAUCCCUCAUUCACUCAAUUUUUUUCAAUAUUUUGGCAGUUUCCUGUAUUUCCUCUCUUGAACUAACAUAAGGCCAUACUAUGAGUGACUGAAAUCCACUAUUAUAGAUGCAUCGAGAGACGAGAAGGUAGCUGCCAGACUGGGAGCAGAGGCGGAGCUAAAUGGGACCUAUGAGAGUGCAGAGGUGGGGAACGGACACAAGAACCCCACCCCCCUGGUCUCCCCGGCCAAUGGGUCACAGGCAGCUACAGAGAAUGGGAUGAUGGAGACGGACCUGCCUCACGGCUCCACCACCGGGAGUAAUGGAUACGUUCUCAGUAAGCAGCAGCAGGAGGGGGGGUCUUCAACGGGGACGGGCUCGGCGGCUGCCCCACACAGGACUAGCUGGUUGCCCUCAGGCACCACCAUGAUUGGACACGCCACCAAAACGUUCCCGUCUUCGGCAGCCGGGUGCGGCCACAGUCUGGGCGCAAUAAGGACUGACACCCAGCGUGCCGGGUCCCCGUCGGGACAGGGGACCUCAGACACAGAGACUAAAAACGGCACGUCCCCUAGCAACUCCCCAGCCCCCUCUCCAUGGUCCAUCGCCAUACACCGAGCACGCAAGACCAUGUCCAUGCCAGCAUCCAACCAGACACUAAAGGUAACUAGUAUUAGCCUAGUAAAGAGGUAGUCAAUUAAUUUUUUGGGUCUUUGAGUGAGACAUAGUCCACAUUGGGCAGUGAUUGCAUGUUGUUUUAUUGGUUCUGCAACUGGUGAGUGAAGCUCUACAAAAAUAUCAAGCAUAGCCACCACUUGAUUCACUGCUGUCUUCUUUAUCCCCAUAGCUUCUAAACAGGGAAUUAAAAGAACCAAACAGUGCAGACAAGGAGAGUCAGAAUGGACCAGAGGAGGAGGAGAAGUCCCAGCAGACGUCCCCCUCCCAGAACCAGUUACCUCCGAGCCAAAGCGACGUGCCAGCUGCAGCCAUGGCCAAGUCCCAGACAGGUCAGACAGACCGCACUUGGCCCUGGAAGGGGGAGGGACAGGGGUAUAAGGCAAAUAAUCAUCACAGUCCACACACAACAAUGGAAAUGCAGUUAUAUAAUGGCAGGACUUUGCUUACUGAAGCCUGUUUACUUGUUUCAAGGCUCCAAAAGCCAGAGGAGUAUGAAUGAGAGCUUCUGUGUAUGUAGUGUAAGAGGUUCUUGGAUCCUUGAGCUCAAUUGAACGCUCUCUUCCAGCAUCGAGGAAGAAGAAAAGGAAGAUGGGAACAUACAGUCUGGUCCCCAGGAAGAAAACAAAAGUGCUGAGGCAGGGGACUGUGCUGGAGAUGUUUAGUCAACUUCAAUCAACUCAAAGCGCACAGGUCUCACCUCUCCUCCAUAGACUAUCUUAACUGUUUUAGAAUAAAUGGAAAUCAGGAAUACAUUUAUUGUAAAUAGGAGAUUUAGCUGUAACAGUGUCAUGUUGUAAUAUUACUCUGCUCAUAGUCUAAAGAGGUAGCACGCGUGAAUGGGGAAAGGGUGGAGAACGAGUCAGAGGAGGAAGAGUGGGAGGAUGGAGAGGAGUGGGAGGAAGAGGAGGAGCAGGGUGGAGAGGAAAGUGUCACCACAGCCCUGGAGAAGAGUCGAACAUCAGGCCCUGCCAUUCAGGUUGGAGCCCAUUGACUUCAUUGUCUUAGUUUGCUUUGUCUGGACCCCAGCUGAUAACCUUGAUAAAAUGAUGCUCCUAUUACAUUCAUAGGUAUCACUGGUAUAGAAUCACUGGUGUAGACCAUUAAAUCCCCCCCUUUCCAAAUGGCCAAACCUCUUUGACAUGUUGUGGUACUUGUCUGUUCAGGGCGAGCUGGGAGAGGAGCCAGACUCUGAGGAAUCAGCUGAGGAGGAAGGGGAAGAAGAGGGGAACGAGUCAGACUUGGUAAGAGCACACAAUCAUAGACAACAAUUUUCUCUUCUUUGAGUCUGCUGAUUAGACCAUCAUCCAAUGGCAUGGAGUGUUUUUCUGAACCCAAACAUUAUCAAAGCACUAUAAUUUUCUCUGUCAAUCUGUUCCACCAUCAGUGAGGAGUACAUUGAUGUUCAUGGGAGAGAAUAGAACUUUACAUAUCUCAAUUGAUCUGCGUUCACACAGGGCUCGGAAUCCAGCGUGAAGAAGAAGAGGUUGAAAAAGAAAGCAAAAGGAGACUACUUCUGGCUCCGGCCGUCCAGGAAACGGAAAAGGAAGCCCGAGACUGAGGGACUCCCUGGUACAGCAACCCAUCUUUCUGCCUUAUGAGGACCAUAAUAGGGACAUAAUAUUACCCCUGACUUUCAUCUCCCUGUGCUAGCUAACUCUCCCUCCUCUUUCAGGCACAGGGCCCCAGGGCCAGGCAGGCCUCAGUAAGGACUACACAGAGGUUCCCCUCCCCUCGCUCAACCUUAAAGCCAAGGAAAUGAUGCUCUCCUCACAGCACACAGGUGAGUGAGGCCUUAUAGGAGUAGGUGAUGGGGGUGGAAGGGGAGUAGGUAGUGGUGUAGUUGAGAACUGAGCUGCCUGUUGGUAAGAUAGUUUCCAUUCAUGGACUACCUUUUAAUGUUAAGGGACAAGGCCUCUGUCCUCCCUCACUGGACCACUGGCUCCCGAGUGGCGCAGCGGUCGAAGACACUGCAUCUCAGUGCUUGAGGCAUCACUACAGACCCCCUGGUUCGAUACCAGGAUGUAUCACAACUGGCCGUGAUUGGGAGUCCCAUAGGGCAGCGCACAAUUGGCCCAGCGUCGUCUGGGUUUGGCCGGUGUAGGCCGUCAUUGUAAAUAAGAAUUUGUUCUUAACUGACUUGCCUAGUUAAAUAAAGAAAAAAUAAAAUAAAAAAGAUGACUCAUCAGAGCAGCACUGAGCGCCCCCUGCUGGUGAUGUAUGUUAUAGAAAUAUAAAAUAUGUAAAGAGUCAAGAACUGUACCACUAUUGUAGCUCUGCGGUCUAUUUGUGUCUUUACAAAUUAAACUCUAUAAACUCUUGGAAAGAGCAGUAAACCUGUGUCUAGGAAGGGUCACAUUGACAUCUGUUUCGAUGUUCUGAGCUGAGUGGAUGUUUCGCUGGGCAGGAGUUUCUGAGGAUGUGGAGGCAGACAUGGUGCAGGAGCUACCCCUCUGCAGCUGUCGCAUGGAGACGCCCAAGAGCCGGGAGAUCCUCACGCUGGCCGACAGGAAGUGCAUGGCCACGGAGAGCGUCGACCGACAGGUGAGCCUGAUGCUAUGCCUCAUCCUAUUUUUGCACUUAUUCCAUUCCGUAUGUUCACUUAUCACCUUCUCUCCCUAUGUCUUUGGCUGCUUCCCGAUUCUCCACUCUUUUCUACACACUUUGGGGAAAAUGCUGGAAAAUUGGGAUGCAGCCUUUGUUUCUCACUCAAACCUCUUUCCUUCUCCCUACAGCUGAGCCGAUGUCAGAGUGCGGUUCUAAAGCAUGAGAUGAUGCGUCCUUCGAACUCGGUGCAGCUGCUGGUGCUGUGUGAGGACCACCGGGCCGGCAUGGUCAAGCACCAGUGCUGCCCCGGCUGUGGCUUCUUCUGCAGGGCUGUAAGUACUGGCACCUCCCUGCAGUGGGAAUGGGCAAACACUGCAUCUAAUUCUGAGUUAGUAGGAAGUGCCUUAUAGUUAGCCAGUAAAAGCUCUGGGUCCUAGUUAUAAUGAUGGUUCUUGUUAGGGCACCAAUAUUUUUUCCUGGUUAUGUCAUGCUUAGGAAAACCCCCUGGCCCAACGUAAAACACUGAACUACCGAUGGGCUUAAUUGUGAUAAUUAUACUGGGAUUUUCCAACGGUAGUCACACUGACCUGGCUGUGUUUGGGUUGUAGGGGACCUUCAUGGAGUGCCAACUGGACGUCAACAUCUCUCACCGUUUCCACCGGUCCUGUGCCUCGGUGCUGAAGGGCCAAACCUUCUGUCCACACUGUGGAGAAGAGGCCAGCAAGGCCAAGGAGGUCACCAUCGCCAAGGCCGACACCACCUCCACCAUGCCCGCCACACAUGGUGCACACGGCCCUGCCACACCCGGGGCUGCAGAGGGCAGGGCAGACACCACCACUGGGGGGUAGGUUCACAGCACUGUUGGGGGCAAUGAGUUGGGGGGGGGGGGGGGGGCUUCCAUUGCAGUCCAAUCCAUUUUCAUCAAUACAUACAGGUAACUGCCAAAAUAAAGGAAACACUUGAGUGAAUGAGGGAUACAUUGUAUUGAAAGCAGGUGCUUUCACACAGGUGUGGUUCCUGAGUUAAUUCAGCAAUUAACAUCCCAUCAUGCUUAGGGUCAUGUAUAACAAUGCUGGGCAGGACAUUAUUUUGGCUACCAUGGCUAUGCCCCCAUCCACAGGGCACGAGUGGUCACUGAAUGGUUUGAUGAGCAUGAAAACGAUGUAAACCAUAUCCCAUGGCUGUCUCCAUCACCAGAUCUCAAGCCAAAUGAACACUUAUGGGAGAUUCUGGAGCGGCACCUGAGACAGCGUUUUCCACCUCCUUUAACAAAACACCAAAUUAUGUAAUUUCUCGUUGAAGAAUGGUGUCGCAUCCCUCCAAUAGAUUUCCAGACACUUGUAGAAUCUAUGUGGUCCUCUGUAGCUCAGCUGGUAGAGCACAGCGCUUGUAACGCCAAGGUAGUGGGUUCAAUCCCCGGGACCACCCAUGCACAAAAAAAAAUGUAUGCACACAUGACUGUAAGUCGCUUUGGAUAAAAGCGUCUGCUAAAUGGCAUAUUAUGCCAAGGUGCAUUGAAGCUGUUCUGGCUCAUGGUGGCCCAACACCCUAUUAAGACACUUUAUGUUGGUGUUUCCUUUAUUUUGGCAGUUACCUGUAGUUUCCUAUUAUGUCUCCCUUUCAGUCUGGGAAUAGGACACUUGUAUUUUGAACCAUAUCACUUUUCUGUUGUAGUAGUCAGGCAUUCUGUGUGUGUUUCAGUCUAUCCCGUUUCUCUGUGGGAGGUGAUCUAAGUAGCCGAGCAGACAGCUCUCUCUCCAUCCCCCCUGGGCACACACUGGACACCUCCUCCUUCCCUGGGGGCUCCAGAACAGGAGUACUGCCUCCUGCGGUGGGGAUUGGGAUGGGCAUAGGAGUGGGCGCCACCCCUAAAGAGACCUUGGAGAGCAUCCUGCUGGCACUGGACACAGAGAAGUAAGACACACUACCAAGACUCAGGGUUGAGAGGAGAGUGCUGCUCUACUAUGCACUCGUUAGGCUAAAUAGUUUCAGAUUGUGUUAGUAUUGUGAAAAGUGCAUUGUACAGUACAUUCCUUUGACGUUCUUGUGUGCUUUGCUCAUGUUUAUGCACAUUAAAUUAUUUCUCCGUUUUCUAUCAAGAUUUUCCUGUUAUUGUGAAGGUGUAUUCCUUUGAUUGACUUUCUCCAUGUGUCCUGUUUGUGUCGUGCAUCAGACCCAAGAAGCUGCGGUUUCACCCCAAGCAGCUGUUCAUCUCUGCCAAACAGGGCGAGCUACAGAAGGUCCUUCUCAUGCUGGGUGAGGGAGAUUCCUUCACUAAAGACUUAAUGGGCCAGGAUGUUUAUAUUAAUCAAUUAACAAAAGUCAUUAUCCUUUAUCUUUAUAACUGGUUCUAUGGUCGGGUGUUUGUGAUUUUUUUAAAUGUCUCUGUCUGCAUCUCUGUCCACUAGUGGAUGGGAUCGACCCUAACUUUAAGAUGGAGAGCCAGAGCAGACGCACCCCCCUCCAUGUAGCAGCUGAGGCAGGCCACCAGGAGAUCUGUCACCUGCUGGUUCAGGUGAGGGUUGGCUAUGGUUCCCCCUGGGUGUGGAUGAGUGAUGGGGUAGACAAUGCAUUACAUGGACAUGCAGAAUAUACAUUUUUAGCAUGGGUUCACUGGUAUCUGUCUUGUGACUCACCAGCUUAUCAUGUUGUACAUGUAUUGACAUCUUAUAAUGGACUCGUGUUCAUUUUGAUCAGACAAUAUUUUCAUAUUUUGACAUUGAAUAUGGACAUGUCCAUAGUAUUGAUGAGUAGAUUGAUCCAGUUUUGAUGUCCCUCCCUACCUACCAGUCCGGUGCUAACCUGGACAUCUAUGAUGAGGACCAGCGCACGCCCCUGAUGGAGGCCUGUGAAAACAACCACCUGGAGACUGUCCGCUACCUACUGAGUGCAGGAGCCAUCGCCAGCCACAAGGUGGGUCAACCAACCCACUCUUACCACCACUAUAUCACUUACACAUCAUCCUCCAAAUAUGUUUUGUUGAUGUAUAGUUCCAUGGGCGUAGUGGAUUUAAUGCUGCUGUAUGUAAGUGCCACUCUUAUUUUAGGCCUAUGUAACAGUAUUUUCAUACCAUGCAAGCCAUGUUGGUUGGCUAUUGGAUGGAUCUUAUGGCUACUGGCUAUUGGAUCUUAUGACAGGAGCAAUGUGUGUUGACUGCCCUCUGUUCUCCAGGAUGUGGAGGGGUUCACGUGUCUCCACCUAGCUGCUAAGAUUGGCCAUUACAACAUUGUGGAGCAUCUCCUCUCCACAGGACUCAUAGACAUCAACUGCCAGGUGAGUUCUGUCCUUUUCAGUCAUAAACCAGUGAAAACCAAAUUAAUUGAGCAUAAGUUUAGUCCCUCAAGAAGAUUAUUGCUUAGGAUGGCAUGUGUUGGUUGUACUACUGAAGUCAAUCAGAACCAAGAGUGCUUUCAUGUUGAUCCAGUUCUAUUUUCCUCUGGCCUGUGUGUCGUGGUCUCACUAGUGGCCUUUCCUUAGAGGUCUGAUUCUCCUCUCGUUGGGUGUGCUGCCCCCAUCCACUCGACAUGAGUUCCUAAUGGUUUUCUCUUACAUUGCAGCCGCUGCGGAAUUACCAGCUCUUUCCCAGCAUGCAUUAGUUAGGAUUACAGCUCCCCUGCCGUGUGAGAACCUAUUUGUUUGUGUAAAGCUAUACACUGCCGAGUAAGUUGCCUUUGACCUCUAUUCUGGCCAUCUCUAAAACGGUUGUUUAUCUUUGCCUCUAAAAAUGUAUCUGAUAUCAAAGACGUGUGGCAGGGAUGCUUCAGCAUUUCAAAAGGAGAUAUCUUUCGUCUUUUAUAUGCCACCAUCAAAGGCCCACUGAUUCCAUAUGCCUGUGGGACUGCAGAGUUUAGAACCCCAGUGCGGUAUUUGAUGUCUCUAUUUGAAGUGAUUGACCUUGCUGCAGGUAUUGAGCCAUUAUGGCAGGUCUUUGACCUUGUGGUGGUAACCCUGCCACAUAAGUUUGGUCUCUGAGCUCGUGAAUAGAAAUACAUCCUCACCCUCUUAUAAUACAAACUCUUGGAGAAGGUUAGUGAAAUUGCUAAUCGUUAUAUCCAGGACAUUUAAAGCAAUCCUGUACUGUAGGGGCCCAUUCUUAAAGAUGUGAUGUUGCUACUCUCUCUAGGACGAUGGCGGUUGGACGGCCAUGAUCUGGGCAACAGAGUAUAAGCACCUAGACCAGGUGAAGCUGCUUCUCAAUAAAGGGGCUGACAUCAACAUCAGGGACAAGGUCAGUAACCAUGGGCAACCAAAGGUCCUCAUGACCUCCCCCAAGCCAAAUUGUUUCAAUUACAUUGUUGUUUCUAUGACUUUUUGUCUGACUGUUGUGAAUUUGCUGCUGUUUGUUUUUGUUUUGUAGGAGGAAAACAUCUGUCUCCACUGGGCGGCGUUCUCUGGCAGUGUGGAGAUCGCAGAGCUCCUCCUAGAGGCCAAGUGUGAUCUCCACGCUGUCAACAUCCACGGAGACUCCCCUCUGCACAUCGCCGCGCGGGAGAACAGGCUUGAAUGCGUCAUGUGAGUAAAGGUUGAGGGGAAAUGGCUCUGGUGAUUCAGCAAUAGGUAAUAUAAUUGUUAUUAUAACCGAGGCUGUAGCCAUACAGUGGCUUGCGAAAGUAUUCACCCCCCUUGGCAUUUUUUCUAUUUUGUUGCCUUACAACCUGGAAUUUAAAUGGAUUUUUGGGGGGUUUGUAUAAUUUGAUUUAUACAACAUGCCUACCACUUUGAAGAUGCAAAAUAUUUUUUCUUGUGAAACAAACAAGAAAUAACACAAAAAAAACAGAACUUGAGUGUGCAUAACUAUUCACCCCCCCAAAGUCAAUACUCUGUAGAGACACCUUUUGCAGCAAUUAUAGCUGCAAGUCUGAUGGGGUAUGUCUUUAUAAGCUUGGCACAUCUAGCCACUGGGAUUUUUGCCCAUUCUUCAAGGCAAAACUGCUCCAGCUCCUUCAAGUUGGAUGGGUUCCGCUGGUGUACAGCAAUCUUUAAGUCAUACCACAGAUUCUCAAUUGGAUUGAGGUCUGGGCUUUGACUAGGCCAUUCCAAGACAUUUAAAUGUUUCCCCUUAAACCACUCAAGCGUUGCUUUAGCAGUAUGCUUAGGGUCAUUGUCCUGCUGGAAGGUGAACCUCUGUCCCAGUCUCAAAUCUCUGGAAGACUGAAACAGAUUUCCCUCAAGAAUUUCCCUGUAUUUAGCGCCAUCCAUCAUUCCUUUAAUUCUGACCAGUUUCCCAGUCCCUGCCAAUGGAAAAACAUCCCCACAGCAUGAUGCUGCCACCACCAUGCUUUGCUGUGGGGAUGGUGUUCUCGGGGUGAUGAGAGGUGUUGGGUUUGCGCCAGACAUAGCGUUUUCCUUGAUGGCUAAAAAUAUCAAUUUUAGUCUCAUCUGACCAGAGUACCUUCUUCCAUAUGUUUGGGGAGUCUCCCACAUGCCUUUUGGCGAAGACCAAACGUGUUUGCUUAUUUGUUUCUUUAAGCAAUGGCUUUUUUCUCGCCACUCUUCCGUAAAGCCCAGCUCUGUGGAGUGUACGAGUGGCUUAAAGUUGUCCUAUGGACAGAUACUCCAAUCUCCACUGUGGAGCUUUGCAGGUUAUCUUUGGUCUCUUUGUUGCCUCUGAUUAAUGCCCUCCUUGCCUGGGCCGUGGGUUUUGGUGGGCGGCCCUCUCUUGGCAGGUUUGUUGUGGUGCCAUAUUCUUUCCAUUUUUUAAUAAUGGAUUUAAUGGUGCACCGUGGGAUGUUCAAAGUUUCGGAUAUUUUUUUAUAACCCAACCCUGAUCUGUACUUCUCCACAACUUUGUCCCUGACCUGUUUGGAGAGCUCCUUGCUUAGUGGUGUUGCAGACUCUGGGGCCUUUCAGAACAGGUGUAUAUAUACUGAGAUCAUGUGACAGAUCAUGUGACACUUAGAUUGCACACAGGUGGACUUUAUUUAACUAAUUAUGUGACUUCUUAAGGUAAUUGGUUGCACCAGAUCUUAUUUAGGGGCUUCAUAGCAAAGGGGUUAAUACAUAUGCACACACCACUUUUCCGUUAUUUAUUUUUUUGAAUUUUUUUAGACAAGUUAUUUUUUUAAUUUCACUUCACCAAUUUGGACUAUUUUUUGUGUGUCCAUUACAUGAAAUCCAAAUAAAAAUCCAUUUAAAUUACAGGUUGAAAUGCAACAAAAUAGGAAAAACGCCAAGGGGGAUGAAUACUUUUGCAAGGCACUGUAUCAGAACUGUUCCAUCUAGUACAGUUAAGUGAUGUGUUAAACGCUAUGGUCUGUGGCCCUUCAGGCUCUUCCUGUCUCGCGAGGCGGAUGUCAACCUGAAGAACCGUGAGGGGGAGACCCCACCGGACUGCUGCAGCCGCAGCUCCAGGGUGUGGCUCACCCUUCAGACUAACAGGAGGAUUAGGGAGGCCAGGAGCGGCACCCAGGGGGAGAAGGUCCUCAACAGGUAGAAUCCCUUGUUCUCUCUCUCACUCACUCUCUCACACACACACACACACACACACACACACACACACACAAUAAUCUCACGCAUUACUCUCUUAGACAUUAACCUUUCUGAUUUUCUAUCGCCGACAAUGCAUGGUACCCUUUCUACCUUUUUCCUCUCCUUUAUCUCUUCCUCACUUGUGGCUAACUAUUCUAUUUGUUUUGAUAAUAAUGCACUGAUAAAGUCUUAACAAUGGGUGUCCACUGGGACCUGAGCCUCCAUCUCCCUCCACAUUACAGAGACAUAGCCCGGGGGUAUGAGAGAGUUCCAGUCCCAUGUGUCAACUCAGUGGAUAGUGAGCCCUGUCCGGACAACUAUAAAUACGUGCCAGACAACUGUGUCACCUCCCCCAUGAACAUAGACAAGAACAUCACACACUUACAGGUGGGUAAUGUCACUGGGUUGACCAUACUUACAGGGGUGGACAACAUACCCAUUCAAUCUGUCCCGUGGGAGGUUUGGGUAAAGAAAUUACUCCAGGCCAUUCUUGACAGUCUAAAAGAUAAAGUAUGUAGAAAUUAUAAUGAACCUAUACGUUUCAAAUAACAGCCCUUUUUCUGGGCCGCAACUUGCUUUUGAUGAACAAAUCUGUCUGGAAAAAUCUGUGCAGCCUACUGCUGAAUUUUUAAAUCCCAAUGUGGCCGUCGAGACAAUUAUUGCCCACCCCUGGGAUAGCAUGACAUGAAAGAUUAAAUGACCAUCUCUUUCCCUCCCUGCGGUCCACAGUACUGUGUGUGUAAAGACAACUGCUCCUCAAGCAGCUGCAUGUGUGGCCAGCUCAGCCUACGCUGUUGGUAUGACAAGGUAAGGCCGAACACUUCAGUAUCACUAUUGUUGACAAAGUGAUGAUCUUGCAUGAUCGUCAUGUCUGUUCCAUGACCGUUCUCAGGAUGGUCGUCUGCUCCCCGAGUUCUGUCGUGAGGAACCGCCCCUUAUCUUCGAGUGUAACCACGCCUGCUCCUGCUGGAGAACCUGCAAGAACCGUGUGGUGCAGAACGGACUGAGGUACUGUACCAAGACCGCCUCACGUGGCCACACUGACGGCCAAAUUUCCUGUCUAUACAUUCUACCAUAUUUAUGAAACCAAGCAAACACUCCUCAACCCUAUUGAUAAGAACAUCUAUAUCAGAAAAAUGCAUUUUAGUGACAGUCAAACAGCAAUCAUUCGUGGGGAAGUUUUCAUGGAUUUGACUUCCCAAAUGCAUGUGAGGAUAAUGUUUGGGAGAUGAGUGUAUUGUAAGAACAUCAAUGCUGAAAGAGUUUGUUUUUCUCAGGGUCCGGCUCCAGCUGUUCCGGACCAGUCGGAUGGGCUGGGGGGUCCGGACACUGCAGGAAAUUCCUCAGGGGACCUUUGUGUGCGAGUGAGUCCCAGACGUACCCCUUUCACAAUGCAGCUUUAUUUUGCCGCACAUUCACCAAGUUCUUAGAUGAUUUCCCAUCCAAUGUCAUCUGUGUGUGGUGCUGCAUUGAUAGUUGUGGUGUUGGUGGGUCCGGACCCCACUUCUUGUCCACAGGUACGUGGGGGAGAUCAUCUCUGAUGCAGAGGCAGAUGUCAGGGAAAACGACUCCUACCUGUUCAACCUGGACAGCAAGGUAGGGAUCAGUGCUACUAUUCUCAUCACGUUAUGAAACCUACAGUGGGGAAAACAAGUAUUUGAUACACUGCCGAUUUUGCAGGUUUUUCUACUUACAAAGCAUGUAGAGGUCUGUAAUUUUUAUCAUGGGUACACCUCAACUGUGAGAGACGGAAUCUAAAAAUCCAGAAAAUCACAUUGUAUGAUUUUUAAGUAAUUAAUUUGCAUUUUAUUGCAUGACAUAAGUAUUUGAUACAUCAGAAAAGCAGAACUUAAUAUUUGGUACAGAAACCUUUGUUUGCAAUUACAGAGAUCAUACGUUUCCUGUAGGUCUUGACCAGGUUUGCACACACUGCAGCAGGGAUUUUGGCCCACUCCUCCAUACAGACCUUCUCCAGCUCCUUCAGGUUUCGGGGCUGUCGCUGGGCAAUACGGACUUUCAGCUCCCUCCAAAGAUUUUCUAUUGGGUUCAGGUCUGGAGACUGGCUAGGCCACUCCAGGACCUUGAGAUGCUUCUUACGGAGCCACUCCUUAGUUGCCCUGGCUGUGUGUUUCGGGUCGUUGUCAUGCUGGAAGACCCAGCCACAACCCAUCUUCAAUGCUCUUACUGAGGGAAGGAGGUUGUUGGCCAAGAUCUCGCGAAACAUGGCCCCAUCCAUCCUCCCCUCAAUACGGUGCAGUCAUCCUGUCCCUUUUGCAGAAAAGCAUCCCCAAAGAAUGAUGUUUCCACCUCAAUGCUUCACGGUUGGGAUGGUGUUCUUGGGGUUGUACUCAUCCUUCUUCUUCCUCCAAACACGGCGAGUGGAGUUUAGACCAAAAAGCUAUAUUUUUGUCUCAUCAGACCACAUGACCUUCUCCCAUUCCUCCUCUGGAUCAUCCAGAUGGUCAUUGGCAAACUUCAGAUGGGCCUGGACAUGCGCUGGCUUGAGCAGGGGGACCUUGCGUGCGCUGCAGGAUUUUAAUCCAUGACAGCGUAGUGUGUUACUAAUGGUUUUCUUUGAGACUCUGGUCCCAGCUCUCUUCAGGUCAUUGACCAGGUCCUGCCGUGUAGUUCUGGGCUGAUCCCUGACCUUCCUCAUGAUCAUUGAUGCCCCACGAGUUGAGAUCUUGCAUGGAGCCCCAGACCAAGGGUGAUUGACCAUCAUCUUGAACUUCUUCCAUUUUCUAAUAAUUGCGCCAACAGUUGUUGCCUUCUCACCAAGCUGCUUGCCUAUUGUCCUGUAGCCCAUCCCAGCCUUGUGCAGGUCUACAAUUUUAUCCCUGAUGUCCUUACACAGCUCCCUGGUCUUGGCCAUUAUGGAGAGGUUGGAGUCUGUUUGAUUGAGUGUGUGGACAGGUGUCUUUUUAUACAGGUAAGGAGUUCAAACAGGUGCAGUUAAUACAGGUAAUGAGUGGAGAACAGGAGGGCUUCUUAAAGAAAAAUUAACAGGUCUAUGAGAGCCGGAAUUCUUACUGGUUGGUAGGUGAUCAAAUACUUAUGUCAUGCAAUAAAAUGCAAAUUAAUUACUUAAAUCAUACAAUGUGAUUUUCUGGAUUUUUCUUUUAGAUUCCGUCUCUCACAGUUGAAGUGUACCUAUGAUAAAAAAUACAGACCUCUACAUGUUUGUAAGUAGGAAAACCUGCAAAAUCGGCAGUGUAUCAAAUACUUGUUCUCCCCACUGUAUAUCCCAAAGCUUUGCAGGAGCUUUAAGACAAAUCCUAAAUGUAACUAGAUAUCUCAACUUGGGCCACUGUAAUUGCAGGUUUCAAUCUGUUACCCAGUGAUCAAAAAUGCAUUUUAUUCCUGUCUCUUGAGGCCUAUCCUUGUGGGGUUUCUAAAACACUCUGCUAUUCUUCUGAUAAUUGUCUUUUUUUGUUAUUCUGUUUGAUAUCUCUGCCCGUAAAGAAUUACCACUGCAGAUUAUGCAGAUCCUUCUUUAUUCAUUAUGAUCCAUUUAUGUGUGUUCUUUGGUCGCAGGUGGGUGACGUGUACUGCAUAGAUGCCCGUUUCUAUGGCAACAUCAGCCGGUUCAUCAACCACAUGUGCGAGCCGAACCUAUUCUCCUGCCGGGUGUUCACGGCACACCAGGACCUGCGCUUCCCCCAUAUCGCCUUCUUCGCCUGCGAGACCAUCAAGGCUGGGGAAGAGCUAGGGUAAGGGUCGUAUACAGUGCAUUCGGAAAGUAUUCAGACUCCUCGACUUUUUCCACAUUUUGUUAUGGUACAGCCUUAUUCUAAAAUUGAUUAAAUCGUUUUUUUCCCUCAUAAUCUACACACAAUGCCCCAUAAUAACAAAGCAAAAACAGCUUUUAGACGUUUUUGCAAAUCUAUUCCAAAUAAAAAAUGGAAAUAUUGCAUUUACAUAAGUAUUCAGACCCUUUACUCAGUACUUUGUUGAAGCACCUUUGGGAGCGAUUACAGCCUCGAGUCUUCUUGGGUAUGACGCUACAAGCUUGGCACACCUGUAUUUGGGAAGUUUCUCCCAUUCUUCUCUGUGGAUCCUCUCAAGCUCUGUCAGGUUGGAUGGGGAGUGUCGCUGCACAGCUUUUUUCAGGUCUCUCCAGAGAUGUUCGGUCGGGUUCAAGUCCGGGCUCUGGUUGGGCCACUCAAGGACAUUCAGAGACUUGUCCCAAAGCCACUCCUGUGUUGUCUUGGCUGUGUGCUUAGGGUCGUUGUCCUAUUGGAAGGUGAACCUUCACCCCAGUCUGAGGUCCUGAGCGCUCUGGAGCAGGUUUUCAUCCAGGAUCUCUGUGUUCUUUGCUCCGUUCAUCUUUCCCUCGAUCCUGACUAGUCUCCCAGUCCCUGCCGCUGAAAAACAUCCCCACAGCAUGAUGCUGCCAACACCAUGCUUCACCGUAGGGAUGGUGGCAGGUUUCCUCCAGACGUGACACUUGGCAUUCAGGCCAAAGAGUUCAAUCUUGGUUUCAUCAGACCAGAGAAUCUUGUUUCUCAUGGUCUGAGAGUCCUUUAGGUGCCUUUUUGGUAAACUCCAAGCGGGCUGUUAUGUGCCUUUUACUGAGAAGUGGCUUCCGUCUGGCCACUCUACCAUAAAGGCCUGAUUGCUGGAGUGUUGCAGAGAUGGUUGUCCUUCUGGAAGGUUCUCCCAUCUCCACAGAGGAACUCUGGGGCUCUGUCAGAGUGACCAUCAGGUUCUUGGUCACCUCCCUGACCAAGGCCCUUCUCCCCCGAUUGCUCAGUUUGGCCGGGCGGCCAGUUCUAGGAAGAGUCUUGGUGGUUCCAAACUUCUUCCAUUUAAGAAUGUGUUCUUGGGAACCUUAAAUGCUGCAGAAAUGUUUUAGUACCCUUCCGCAGAGCUGUGCCUCGACACAAUCCUGUCUCAGAGCUCUACAGACAAUUCCUUCGACCACAUGGCUUGAUUUCUGCUCUGACAUGCACUGUCAACUGUGGGACCUUUAUAUAGACAAGUGUGUGCCUUUCCAAAUCAUGUCCAAUCAAUUGAAUUUACCACAGGUGGACUCCAAUCAAGUUGUAGAAACAUCUCAAGGAUGAUCAAUGGAAACAGGAUGCACCUGAGCUCAAUUUCGAGUCUCAUAGCAAAGGGUCUGAAUACUUAUGUAAAUAAGGUAUUUCUGUUUUUUAUUUUUUAUACAUUUGCACAAAUUUCUAAACCUGUUUUCGCUUUGUCCAUUAUGGGGUAUUGUGUGUAGAUUGAGGAUUUUUAUUUAUUUAAUCCAUUUUAGAAUAAGGCUGUAACAUAACAAAAUGUGGGGAAGGGGUCUUAAUACUUUACGAAUGUAUUCAGACCCCUUGACUUUUUCCACCUUUUGUUGUGUUACAGCCUGAAUUUAAAAUGGAUUAAAUAGAGAUUUUGUGUCACUGGCCUACACACAAUACCCCAUAAUGUCAAAGUAGAAUUAUGUUUUUCAAUUUUUUUAAACAAAUUAAUACAAAAUGAAAGGCUGAAAUGUCUUGAGUCAAUAAGUAUUCAACCCCUUUUGUAAUGGCAAGCCAAAAUAAGCACAUUUUUACUCCUAAACUCAACAACGUCUUCAUCGACCUGACCAAGGCUUUCGACUCUGUCAAUCACCGCAUUCUUAUUGGCAGACUAAAUAGCCUUGGUUUCUCAAAUGACUGCCUCGCCUGGUUCACCAACUACUUCUCAGAGUUCAAUGUGUCAAAUCGGAGGGCCUGUUGUCUGGACCUCUGGCAGUCUAUGGGGGUGCCACAGGGUUCAAUUCUCGGCCCGACUCUAUUCUCUGUGUAUAUCAAUGAUGUCGCUCUUGCUGCUGGUGACUCUCAGAUCCACCUCUACGCAGACGACACCAUUUUGUAUACAUCUGGCCCUUCAUUGGACACUGUGUUAACAAAUCUCCAAACGGGCUUCAAUGCCAUACAACACUCCUUCCGUAGCCUCCAACUGCUCUUAAACGCUAGUAAAACUAAAUGCAUGCUCUUCAAUCGAACGCUGCUUGCACCCGCCCUCCCGACUAGAAUCACUACUCUCGGCGGGUCUGACUUAGAAUAUGUGGACAACUACAAAUACCUAGGUGUCUGGUUAGACUGUAAACUCUCCUUCCAGACUCACAUUAAGCAUCUCCAAUCCAAAGUUAAAUCUAGAAUCGGCUUCCUAUUUCGCAACAAAGCCUCCUUCACUCAUGCUGCCAAACAUGCCCUCGUAAAACUGACUAUCCUACCGAUCCUUGACUUCGGCGAUGUCAUUUACAAAAUAGCCUCCAACACUCUACUCAGCAAAUUGGAUGUAGUCUAUCACAGUGCCAUCUGUUUUGUCACCAAAGCCCCAUAUACUACCCACCAUUGUGACCUGUACGCUCUCGUUGGCUGGCCCUCACUACAUAUUCGUCGCCAAACCCACUGGCUCCAGGUCAUCUAUAUAAAUCACUGCUAGGCAAAUCCCUGCCUUAUCUUAGCUCAUUGGUCACCAUAGCAACAUCCACCCGUAGUAUGUGCUCCAGCAGGUAUAUCUCACUGGUCAUCCCCAAAGGCCGCCAUUCCUUCCAGUUCUCUGCUGCCAAUGACUGGAACGAACUGCAAAAAUCUCUGAAGCUGGAGACUCUUAUCUCCCUCAUUAACUUUAACUAUCAGUUGUCAGAGCAGCUUACCGAUCACUGCACCUGUACACAGCCCAUCUGUAAUUAGCCCACCCAACUACCUCAUCCCCAUAUUGUUAUUUAUUUUGCUUAUUUGCACCCCAGUAUCUCUAUUUGCACAUCAUCUUCUGCACAUCUAUAACUCGUGUUAAUAUAAAUUGUAAUUAUUUUGCACUAUGGCCUAUUUAUUGCUUUACCUCCAUAACUUACUACAUUUGCACACACUGUAUAUAGAUUUUCUAUUGUGUUUUUGACUGUACGUUUUGGUUAUUCCAUAUGUAACUCUGUGUUGUUUUUAUCGCACUGCUUUGCUUUAUCUUGGCCAGGUCGCAGUUGUAAAUGAGAACUUGUUCUCAACUGUCUUACCUGGUUAAAUAAAAUAAAAAUAAAGUCACAUACUAAGUUGCAUGGACUCACUCUUUGUGCAAUAAUAGUGUUUAACUCUGUACCCCACACAUACAAUUAUCUGUAAGGUCCCUCGGUCGAGCAGGGAAUUUCAAAAACAGAUUAAACUACAAAGACCAGGGAGGUUUUCCAAUGCCUCACAAAGAAGGGCAACUAUUGGUAGAUGAGUAGAAAAAAAAGAAAAGCAGACAGUGAAUAUCCCUGUGAGCAUGGUUUAGUUAUUCAUUACACUUUGGAUGGUGUAUCAAUACACCCAGUCACUACAAAGAUACAGGCAUCCUUCCUAACUCAGUUGCCAGAGAGGAAGGAGCUCAGCGAUUUCACCAUGAGGCCAAUGGUGACUUUAAAACAGCUAGAGUUUAAUGGCUGUGAUAGGAAUUUUUGUGUGAAGUUUCUUCCAUUUUGUCAUUAGAGUAUUUUGUGUAUAUCGUUGACAAAAAAAUGACAAUUAAGUCAAUUUUAAUCCCACCUUGUAACACAACAAAAUGUUUGGCCGUUAAGUAUUUUGUUCCCCCUAAAAUCAAGAUUAGGGAGCUUGAUUUAAGAUUAAUAUCUCUUGAUGUCCCAACCCCUCCUUUCUCAGGUUUGACUACGGUGACCAUUUCUGGGACAUCAAGGGGAAGCACUUUAGCUGUGAGUGCAGCUCUCCCAAGUGCAAGCACUCCGCAGUGACCAUCGCCCUGCGCCAGGCAGACAGCUCGCCCCUGGACCAACAGUCCAGCGCCCUCCCUGACACCAGCUCCUCCACCACCCCUUUCUGAGCCCCCUCUCCCACCUGCACAAAAAGGACUUCCAGGCCAGCAGAGAUACGUCUCCAUUCCCCCAAACAGCAACCUCCACCACUAGGCCGUACGUCCCAAGACGCCCCACCUCCAUCCCCAGUUGAACCAUCACCUUCAGGCCUGUGGAGCCCAUCACUGAGACCUACAAUCAAGCCCACAGAAACCCACCUGCUUCAUGUCUCAACCAGCUCUAACAUCACCUCCUUACCAGCACAAACUCUGAACUUCUGCUGAAACUCGCCCUCAGUGCAGGACAUAUUGGACAGGAAGCCAGUCUGUUUGAUUGACGUGUAUCCGACGAACUAUGAACAACAUUUAUGAGAAAAAAUAAACACUGCUUUGAGCCUGGCUCUUGUUUUGUUGGUUCCAAUUGUAAUUCUCAAACCUAUUUGUGCUCAGUUCUGGGUAAUGGUAUUUCCUGGCCAUUGGUCUGAAUUAAGUUUGUACUAAGCAACAAUGUAUAUCUAUCCAUGAAAAACAUUUUCACAGUGCGUAAGGCAUUUGUAGCAUAGGAGUGCCCUUACCCUCUCACAUGAUACCAUAGAAAUGAGAAAUGUUCAUGUACAAUUAGACAUUUUAUGUAUUUACCUCAUGCUAUAUAUAGUUUGAUUGCAUAGGGGACUUAGGUCACAAUCAUGUAUGUUUUUACUGGACUUCUUCUCUUGAGCAUUUCUACAGGAAAAUAAUGGUCAGUGCUAGAUAUAAAUUAUGAAAACAAAUACUUUUAAAUUCACUUGAUAUUCAAAUCGAAUUUUAAAUCGAAUGUUAUAUUCAGUUACAUGAAGUCAAGUGUAUUGUAUGCAGAAAAUCAGGUUAUGGAAAGACCUUUUGAUAAUGAUCAUGAGUACAAAGUGUCAAUUUGAAGUCAAUGAGAAUACUGACCAAUCAUCUCACUGUUCUGUUUAGAGGGGUGGAGUAAAGUAGACACUGUCCUGUAAAGGCAGUUGCAAUCUGUUUUGACCACAAAGGAGUGGCAGAUUUUCUGUCUGUUAUCUGGCAUGAAUUCCUCUUCAACACAAUGGUCCUUUUCUAUUAAAUAAUUUUCUUCUGGAAACAGAGUAUAUGUGUAUAUGAAAGAUGGUGUGACAUCGAAUAGCCCAACUGUAAGGUUGUCAAGAUUGCAAAAUGGUUGAGGUGGGAGUUGACUAAGCUCUACAGUUAUGUACCUGCAAAAUGAAAGCAGGUGGAUUUUUUAUUUAUUUUUAUCUGCAGGAUUUUUAAGCAUGUUUGAGGCUGACUCACUCUUGAAUAUUCCAUUUUUUUUAAAAUCCACAAUUCUAGAGGGAUUGAAUUGGGGUUGAAUGUUAAUGGGGUGAGACGCAAGCAAAUUGUGCUGAGAAUGUUUUAUUUUCCUUUUGUUGAUUUUGCAUUACUCGCCAAGUGAAUACAAGUUGUAAAAUAAGAUGAAGCAGGGUUCUUUUUUUCUUUUCUUUUUUACAUUUAACUCUAUUUCUAUCUGUAGUUACUGUAGUUAGCUUGUUUCAAUUUUGGUCCUUGAUUUCAUGUUGAUGGAAACCUACACAUUAUUCCUAUGUAUUUUUAAAUGUGGUAAGUAUGGUAGUGACUCUUGUGCACAUUUUCAAAGGUAUGAAUAUAAAAAGGUUAUAACAAAUUAUUUACUUUCUGUUACAUAUUUCUAGACCGUGAAACAUCCAUCUAAUUGGUUGUAUCUUUUUUUUUCAAUAAAUUUACUACUAAUGGAUAUGGCUGCCAGGUUUUAUUUACAGAGCAUAAUGAGUGCGGUGGG